GCGGGAGAGGCAGGGGAGGAGAAGCAGAAAAAGGAAGUGGUCUGCCGUUUCACACACUGGUGGUGCAGUUGAGCCCCUCACAAGAAUUCUUCUGGCUAUGUCCGCCAUCUGGAAUGUCGAGUCACUUCCUCUGUCUGCCCUGUGCUCUAACGGAUUUUCCUCUGCCUCUUUGCUCCCUCAUUCUGCUCUGACAGCACUCCAAAGAACCGCCGGAGACCACAACUGCACAAAAUGGGACUCUUCUGACAAGAAAGUCAUGCCAGCUCACAAGCAUCCAGCAUGAAAAUAAGACCCCUGGAGUAGUUUACAUCCGUCCACACAAACUCUAAAUGGAAUCUGGGCUUGGAAGAAGCAAAGACAACUGCAGUCAUCAGCUGAACUUAUUGGAGGGUGUUCCUUUUCCCUUAUAUGGCAAGAGAGCUGGGAAAUCGUUUGAAUUAGUCUGGUUUCUGCUGCAUGCCUGUCUGGUUUUAGUGCUGACUGAGUUCCAUUUGGUAUGUUUCUGCCUCUGCUCUGUGCGUGUGUGAGCGUGUGGGUGCCCUGUGUGCUGCUGGAUUUGUUUGUUUUGCCAUUCUUGGUUUUUCUUUUCCUGUUUUUUGCGUGUAGGGCUUUUGUUUUGGGGCAAGAGGAGGGCUUGUGUUUGUGGUUAAGCUAGAGGUAGCGUCAUUGCCUCAGGGUGGCUGGUACAUUCAGACACUGCUGUUUUUCCUUUACCGCCUUUAACCCCCCCCCUCUCCCCAUGCUGUGAUGGUCUGUGUUUGUUGGAUCAACACACCCACCUGGGUGCAGCAACUCGCAAAAUAGGAAACUAGAUUUCUCUAGACAAGGAUAUUAUCUGAAUGGUGGACUGGAGCUGCUUCUUCUGAGGAGUGGAGGCGAGCGUUGGACCAAAGAAUGACCAAAGAGUCAGCUGGACGUUGCUUCUUUCUACCUUCAGAAUGGGUGACUCAGAAACGGCAAGCAGGGACCCAGGAAGUGCUAGCUGAUAGGGUUUGACGUUUUAGUCAUGACGUAAAGGAUCAUGAGGAAGUUUUAAACACUCCAGUGGGCCACUCUACAUGUUCUGACACUGGGAUCUCUCAGUAUCAAUUGCCAUGGCUUCGGCAUCAUGGUAUCAUCGUGACAUCAGUCGUGUGCAUGCAGAGGAACUGUUGGCCCGGGCAGGGAGGGAUGGCAGCUACUUAGUGAGAGACAGCGAAUCUGUGCCAGGAGCCUAUGCGUUAUGCCUUUUGUUCCAAUGUCAUGUUCACACAUAUCGUAUUCUUCCUGACGCCGAUGGACUUCUUGCAGUUCAGACAACACAAGGGGUGCAGGUGAACUGUUUCCGAACAGUGGAGGACUUGGUGUUGGGGUACCAGCACCCUCACAAAGGCCUGGUCACUCCUCUACUCUACCCUGUUCCCCGUGACACAGACAGUGGGGACGAGAGCUCCGAUGAUGAGAAGACACCUUUUAUUCCAACCUCUGUCCACACAGUACCUUCAACGGGGCCACCAGCAAAGUUGGCCCCUCAUGCACUUUUCCUGGAGAAGUUGCAAGAGCGGAAUCCAUCCAAUGCUGCAGGCGAAGUGAUUGACCUGAUCAAUGACUACCUCUUCAAUCAGCUGCCUCUCGACAUUGAGAAUGUGCAUAAAGGGGCAACAACUUUAUGCCACCUCAAGCGCACUCUUGGUACUUCCUGUCAAGGCAUAAACAGUGAGAUUGAUCUGACUCUCUCAAGUCUGGAAACCUUGGCCAAGGUCUUUGACCAUCCUAGUUGCUCGCUAACACCUCCCAAGGCACAGGGUCCAGAGAUGGAGAUUGACAACUUAUUGUGCAAGAUCUCGGCCUUAGCUAGCCUCCUUUCUUCAUUGGAGAAAAAGGUAUUAAAAGCAUUACAAGAUGCUGUGACCAAUCACAAUCUGGCAACGCAGCCGAGCUUGCCGCCUCCUGAACCCACACCUGCUGUAACACCUGUAAAGAACAACGCCAGACAGCUGCCCGUCUACUCCUUUCAGGUGAAGAUGGUGAGGUAUGGCAGACAAACUGUUUCUGUGGAUGUGGACACCGGAGUACUGCUUUUUGACAGGAGAGCUGGUUCAUUCAGUAUAGAAAGGGUCUCAUAUGCCAGAAUUCUUCAGAUUGUCAAAUUCCAGAGCAGUCCAGCCAAGGUGCGAGUGAUGGUGGACAGCUACCACGGCACGCCACGCGAGAUGACGUUUGAAAGCGCACGGAAAUGUGACUCCUUCUGCCAACUUCUCCUGCUGAUGAAGUCCAGGCAUUCUCAGCGGACCGAAGCUGACUUUGUCUCCGUGUUUGUUGGCACAUGGAAUAUGGGUGGUUCCCCGCCUCCUCGAAGUUUGCAGUCAUGGGUGACCUCCAGCGGUUUGGGACACACCCCUGACGAGUCGACCGCUUUGCUCCCUCACGACAUCUAUGCUCUUGGGACUCAGGAAAACCCUCAGGGCGAGAAAGAGUGGACAGAACAUAUCAAAGCAACCCUUCGCAGCUACACUCAGAUUGACUUCAAACAAGUGGCAGUGCAGUCCCUGUGGAACAUGAGGCUGGCUGUGUUUGUGAAGCCGGAGCUCGAGAGUCGCAUCAGCCAUGUGAACACGGCCAGUGUGAAGACAGGCCUGGGAAACACAUUGGGAAACAAGGGAGCUGUUGGGGUCUCCUUCCUUUUCAGUGGAACAUCUUUUGGCUUUGUUAACUGCCAUCUGACCUCUGGAAGUGACAAAGUACUAAGGAGGAAUCAGAACUUCGUGGACAUCCUCAGACUUCUUUCUCUGGGUGACAAACAGCUUGCUGCUUUUGACAUCAGCCUGCACUUCACCCAUCUUUUCUGGUGUGGGGAUCUCAACUACAGGCUUGACUUGGAUGUUGAGGACAUCCUGAAACAUGUAUCCAAAAGAGAAUUUGAGGAUCUCAUGUGUGCAGAUCAGCUGACCAGAGAGAGACACAAAAGGAAAGCCUUUCUUAAUUUCAAGGAGGCGAAGAUCACAUUUCCACCCACUUAUCGAUAUGAAAGGGGCUCACGAGACUGCUACCUGUGGCAAAAAUACAAGUCGUCAGGGGUACGAGUCAAUGUUCCAUCGUGGUGUGACAGGAUUCUAUGGAAGUCCUACCCAGAGACGCACGUCAUUUGCACAUCAUAUGGCUGCACAGAUGACAUCUUCACCAGUGAUCACUCACCUGUUUUUGCCACAUUCCAAGUGGGAGUGAUGUCACAGUACAGCUCCAAAACAGAUUCAAAGUCCAGCCUGGAGAAGGCCUGGAUUGAGCUCGAAGGCAUUGAGGCCAUUGUAAAGACGGCAAGCAAGGCAAAGUUCUUCAUUGAGUUUCAUUCCUCGUGCCUCAAAGAGAUGCGACGCUCCAGCGACAAUGAUUCACAGAGCUGUGAUGUCCCUGGGUUUCUCAAACUGGGCUGGUCCUUUAAGCAGCUGCCCAAGCUCCUUCCACUCAUGUCUGGCAUGGAGUAUCUUCAGGAUCAGCACCUGUUGUUGUCUGUGAAAUCAUGUGAUGGCUUUGAGUCAUACGGUGAAUGUUGUGUGGCUCUGCGCUGGUUGACUGGUGCGUCAGAGCAGUUUGAGACGUUUUUGAGUCACCGAGGUGAGGAGAUGGGCUCCAUACGAGGACGGGUCAGAAUCCACGUGCCAAAGGACAGACGAACAACGCGGCAGAAGAUCUAUGAGUUGUUCUGUUUUGAAAAAGACGACAAAGGUCCUGGGAGGAGCCAUAUGUCUCCGGCAAUAACACGGAGUCCAGUAAGUAGGUCUUCUGGAGUCGCUCCAAAACGUAUUCCGAACAGCUACACGAACCCUGCCUAUUUCAUCUUUGAAGGUAUUUCAGUGCCACGGAGUGUGGAGGAGGCUCUCCCCCACCGGAGGGACCCUCAGGUGAUCUGGUCCGGGACUGAGGCCUUGCAGCUCCCAAAAGUCUCCGGUCGUCAGGGCUUUGACAGGAGACCCUGUCGGAGAUCGGACUUCACUGAAAUUGAAAUUCCAGACAUCCUGCCCCAGUGCACUCCAACCAAUGACUUUCAUACAUCCCAAACCAACUCCUCUUAUCAGCUAUUUCCAGCCAAAAGCCCAUCCCCCAUACCCCCACCAUCGAGCAAUGCCAUCCCACAGUACCAGGAACAGGCAUUACAGCCCAGAGAGAAGUACCAAGAAAAAAGCCAUGUUGUUCAGGACUCCAUUCACCCUGAAAACAAUGUCAGGAACUUGUAUAUGAAUCACUCAGCAAUCAUCAGGGAAAAAUCCAGAAGGGAUCAACACCAACUGUUUACAGGAAGGACCAAUGCAAUCCAAGCAGUCAAAUCACAAUCACCCCUCCCUUACGCUCCCACUCCCCUGGCGCACUGUCAAGCCUCUGUUUCCUGGAUCGCCAAUAAGCAACCUCCUGGGCCGUCAGGAGACAACUCACUCACUGCUUUGCAAAUCGCCAAGUCUCUUAGCGAGGUUGAUUUUUCCAAAUCAGAGCAGAGAGGCCCAUCUGUACUCAUCCAGAGAACAAGUUAUAGAAAUGGCCCUUCCAAGCUUGGGGAUAGAGUCUACAGCUGGGAGAAACAGGUAUCUGUCCUCAAAGGAGCACCAGAAACUGUUCGGGAACUUCUAAGUAGUCUGGGCCUGCAAAAAUACACCUUUGGACUCAGCCUCAAUGGCUGGGAUGAUCUGGAUUAUUUCAGUGGCGUCACCGAGGAGGAUCUGUUUGCUGCAGGAGUGACAAACCCGUCCCACCGACGCCGGAUUUUGGAGAACCUUCCCAGGAACUGGAACUGAUAGAGCGGUGAUGUCAAUGAUGGUACAAAGAGUCUGCUCAAUUAAAACUGGAAGAACUUUCAGCAAUGAAGGAAGGACAGAUGGAUGUGAUUGUCAGUCACAUCUGUGGGACCACAUCCAUGGCAUUUCCACUGAUCAAUACUAUAACAGUAGUUUUAUCUAUGCCAAUUCAACAGGGACAGCAUAAGGCAGGAAGUAAUCAUUGCACAUAACGCUUUCUUCAUCUGCUGACUUGUGAAAGAGGUGGGUGAUAUGAAAGGAAACCCUUGAUGUGUGGCUCCUUUUGCUGAUGCAUCAUAAAUAUGAUAUUUACAUCUCAAUGACUGUUUCAAUGAAUAAAUUGCUAUGAAAAAUAUAUAUAGACCUUCACUUCCCAGUGUUCACUCAAGUUUGGUGUUUGACACACAUACACACACACACACACACACACACACACAC